AUUGAAUUUUUUUUUAAAUUAAUAUAAUAUCAGUUACGCAUAGAUUUUGUGCUGACUCUUGAUUCGUAUUAUGAACUUUUCUCUCUUUGCUAUUACAAUAUGGAUAGUAAAUCUUAUACCACUUAUAAAAGGAAUGCCAACAAUUAUCGAUGUAGCUCAAUUCAACGAUACAUGGGAUUACAAGAUAGGAAGAGAUAACAGUCCAUUGUUAACAAAUAUUCAUAAUAGACAUCAAAUUCCUUCAAAAACUCCAGUAAAUUUGACAGAAAUAGCACGAACGCUAUGGGAUCGAGAACAAGACAAAUCCACAAAUUUACCUUUAUUUUUCGACAAAGCAUUAAAAUUAUUUAACAUUAAGCAAGUUGCGUUUGAAGUUGAAAAUUCGUUAAUGUCAAAAGUUUCUUGUACUGCUUGCCAAGCCGGUGCUGGAUUAUUACAACAUUAUACAAAGCAAGGAAAAUCAGAAAAAGAAAUCAAGACAAUAAUUUAUCAAUUUUGUACGUCGUUAAAAAUACAAACACCCAGAGUAUGUGAAGGUAUUACCGAGCUGUUCACAGGUGGUGUAGUUUAUGUAUUAGGCCAUAGUAACUUAGGACCCAAAGAAAUAUGCAGUUUUAUAAUUGGAGAUGCUUGCGGUGAUGUAUAUAAUCCGUAUCAUGAAUGGAAUGUUAUGUUUCCACCUGUUCCAAAACCAAAAGUAGCACCAACAGAAUUACCAAAAGUUGGUGCUCCAUCAUUCAAAGUACUACACUUAUCAGAUACUCAUUUUGAUCCAUAUUAUGCAGAAGGAAGUAAUGCAGAUUGCAACGAACCAUUAUGUUGUCGUUUAACAAAUGGUCCAGCUAAAACAAAAGAACAAGCAGCCGGAAAAUGGGGUGAUUAUAGGAAGUGUGAUACACCUAAAAUUACAAUCGAUAAUAUGUUAAAACAUAUUGCAGAUACACAUCCGGAUAUUGAUUAUAUAAUUUGGACUGGAGAUUUGCCACCACAUGAUAUAUGGAAUCAAACACGUGAAGAAAAUUUAAAAAUAUUACGUGAAACAGUUGCACAAAUGUCAGAUAUGUUUCCUGGUUUACCAAUAUUCCCAGCCUUGGGUAAUCAUGAAUCCGUUCCUGUUAAUAGUUAUCCACCACCAUUUUUAGAUUCAACUGAAAAUAGUAUUUCAUGGUUAUACAAGGUAUUGGAAGAACAAUGGCGUCGUUGGUUACCAGCAUCUGUAUCACAUACAUUACGACGCGGUGCAUUCUAUUCUGUACUUGUUCGACCUGGUUUUCGGUUAAUUAGUUUAAAUAUGAAUUAUUGUAAUAACAAAAAUUGGUGGCUGCUAUUAAAUAGUACGGACCCAGCAACUGAAUUACAGUGGUUAAUCUAUGAAUUACAAUCGGCUGAAUUUAAUGGUGAAAAAGUACACAUUAUUGGCCAUAUACCACCUGGGCAUUCGGAUUGCAUUAAAGUGUGGUCAAGAAAUUAUUACGCAAUUAUAAAUAGAUACGAAGCAAUAAUUACUGCUCAAUUUUUUGGACAUACACAUUACGAUGAAUUCGAAUUAUUCUACGACAAUGAUGAUAUAGGAAGACCUAAUGGAAUAGCAUAUAUUGGGCCAUCUGUUACUCCUUAUUAUGAUACAAAUCCUGGAUAUCGAAUUUAUUAUGUGGACGGAGAUCAUGCAAAAACAACAAGGUCGGUCAUAGAUCAUGAAUCUUGGACAAUGAAUUUACGUGAAGCAAAUUUAUAUGGUUAUCCAAUGUGGUAUAAAUUAUAUAGUGUACGUGAUACGUAUAAAAUGAGAGGAUUAAGACCAGAAGAUUGGGAUGAAUUUGUCCAGCGUAUGACUAUUGACCCGGCACUUUUCGACUUAUAUUACAAGCAUUACUACAAAGCAAGUCCAGUAAAACCAACAUGUGAUACAGAAUGUAAAAAACGAAUGUUAUGUGAUCUGAGAUCUGGUCGAUCGCAUGAUCGUAAAGUUUUAUGUGAAGAAUUAGAAUCCCGUAUUGAACAGACAAAUGGAAAUACUUGGAAACAAUGGAUUUAUAAUACUUUAUCUGUUUCGUUGGAGACAAAUGAAAUUCCAACAUACACUGAAUCAGCAUUUCUGAAUAAUAUUACCGAUAAAGAUUAAUUUUAACUUUUUUGUAAAUAGUACAAUGAUAUUUUUAAUUAUGACUUUAGACGUAAUAGAAUUAUUUUAAUAUUUAGGAAACAUUUUGUAUUUAGUAUUAAGUAGGAUACGUAAACGUACAUUAUACGUAAUAAGUUGCAAAUAACCACCUUCAGGUUAUGUGCAAUAAAAGCUGUUUUUCUUUUAUAUUGAUUUUUAUUAUGGCGAUAGAUCUCAGUUUACCAGUUAGUUUUGUUCUUUGAAGAAUUUAUGGCUCAGGCAAAAAUGAAGCUAUGACGAUAUACGAAUAUACCACCAAAACUGACAAAGCCACGCGGAUUUCACACUAUACAAUACAUACGAAGCGAACCAUGUUCAAUGUAUAUUUGAACACCGGAAAGGAUAUAGUACUUGCAACAUUACUAAUUGAAAUAUUAUUCAAUGCCAAUAUUCUUUGAUGAAAAAUUUUCAUUAUUUUUAGACUUUGAUUUAGAAUAAAAGAAAAACAGCUGAAAAUAAAAGAGUGUUACAGGCAUAGGCGCAGAUCAAAUUUAAUAUUAGAAGAGUUUGAAAAUCAAAAAUGAAAUGAUAAGAUACAUGCUUUUGACUUCCAAUAUUUUAAAACUAGUUCAUUACUGGAAAAUCAUAUUCAAAAUUGUUUAUUCGUACAGAAAGCGAUCACUAUUAUAGCUCUGGCAUCGGAUCAAAGCGAUGUAGCCAGAGCAUUCCUGUCACAUAAAGAUCGAUCAAUUUUUUUUUCGUGUUACAAAAAUCUGAACAAUUUUCUUUCAGGUAUUUUGAUUGUAUUUUAUUACCUUUUUAAUGUAAUUUUCAGAGUAAUCUAUAUGAAUAUAAUCGUGGUAUGUUUCGUAUCUGCACGGCGGGCAUCAUGCAAAAAUUAUUGAAUCAUUGAAGAUAGUGAGAUGUUUUUAUUUUUUUUAAAUGUCUUUGUAAUACAUAAAUUUCAUUCAAAUCACUAAAUAAGCGAAAAUACGUAAGUUUUUUACAAUAUUUUCUGAACAUCGUAGGCAAUUUGUAUCACAUCCAUGUAAACAUUAUGUAUUACUCUACUCGCUUGGUAUUACUAGUAACUAAGUGAUUAUUUUUAGACGUAGAUCAGCAUACACAUAAAAAAGGCAUUAUUACCUAUUCCGUUUAUAAUUCUUUAGUAAGGCGGAUAUUUUGUUCAGCAGUUGCAGAGCAGUUUUUAUUCUAGGAGUAAAAUAUUUUUUUAAACUUGUGAAAUAUUUCCAGAUGAGAUUAUCGAAUUAAUUGUAUUCAAUCGUAAUUAAUUGAUUCAUAGCAUCUGAAAUAGAUUUAAAAAAAUUAACUAAUGUGCUCGUGUAAUUGACUAUAAUGUGUUGAUCACUGCUGAUCAAUUUUAGUCCCGAUAUAUUGUCAGUCCAAAAACAUCACAAUAUUAAAGUUAUCAUUUCUUUAGGAAAACCUACCAAACUCUUCAUUUUUUAUAAUAUAAACAUUGUAUUUGCGUCUGUCCCUAAUAUCACUUUAAAUUAAUUUUAAUACGUAUAAAAUCAAUUAAAUACAAUAUAGUUUGCUUCUCAAUAAAUUAAUAAAUGCAUGUUUUGAAGCUUGAACACAAAAUCUUUUUAAAUUUGGCUUAUGGUUUGGUUACAACACAAAAAUACAAUAAUAACUUGUACUCAAGAAAAAAAUUACUAAUAUUGUUAUAAAUUUUGUAUUUGACGGAAUAAUCUUUGAAUCGAAUUUUCAUAGUAAAUUACUUAAAUUUUUUUGUAAUCAAAUGAAAAUUUACUUGUAAAUAAGACACAAAUGACUACACUAAGCGCAUUAUGAUGGUGUUGCAAAUAUUACACAAAUACACAUUUCCAAUGGUUGUGGUAAAUUUUAAAUGGUGGUGGAAGUUCAUUGGAAAGUUUUGAAUGGCAAUGUUAUGGUCAAUUCCACGUUACACUAUCCAAUUACCCAAACUGGUUUUAGGUCU